AUGAAUCGUAUUAAAUCCGGGUUCGGAUCAUUGCCCUCCAAAACCCAGAUUAGAUUUCUCUGCACAUCAAUUCUCGACGACCCACGCCCUCAAUCUCCAUUUCUGUCAGAAAACCUCGCUUUUUUCUUGGACAAUUGUUCAGACGCUUUUUCACUGAGAAAACUCCACGCUCGCAUUUUCGCUCACGGCCUCGGAAACAAUAUAUUUCUCGGCUGCAAGCUCCUGAAUUGCUACGCAAAGUUCGACCUUUUAUCAGAUUCUAGAUGGGUUUUCGACAGAAUCGUCAACUGGAAUCUGUCUCUCUGGAAUGCAAUCCUUGUUGGGUAUUUCAGAGCCCGUCAAUUCGACGAAGUUCUUCGGCGGUACGUAGAUUUGAGGCGGUGGAAUAUCGGGUUGGAUAGCGGCACCAUUACGUUUGGUUUGAAAAGUUGUAUCGAGUUGGGGGAUUUGGGAUUUGGACGAGGGAUUCAUGGGGAUGCUUUGAAGUCUGGGUUUAGUUCAAAUGGAUUUGUGGGUUCGUCGCCUAACGGAUUGUACUCUAGAUGUGGGUUUGUUGAAGAUGCAGCUGAAAGACAAGGAUUGCAUCCAAAUCGGGUCACUCUUGCUAGCUUACUUCAGGCAGCGUCGCAGUUAGAGGCACUGGAAGAAGGACGUUCGGUCCAUGGCUAUGCUAUUAGAAGAGGAAUUGGUGGUUCGGAUGAAGUGUUCGAAACAAGUCUCGUGGACAUGUAUAACAAAUGUGGAUCCCCUAGAAGGGUAGCCUGCAUUUUUGGCGAAAUGGAUAGAAAGACUAUUGGUUCUUGGAAUGUGAUGAUUGCUGGAAAGAGUAUCCACGGUUACAUUAUUCGAGCUGGUAUUUAG